AUGACGGAGUGUCUACAAAGUUGUUUAUCUGAUUGUCUUUGCCUUUCAUUUCAAAUAUGUCAUAAUGAAUGUCAACUGUGCUCUUCCAACAAGGAUUUAACACCAAGCGACUGGAUGGAAAACCCAGAUUGUGUCGCCUUCGAGUUCUGGAAAAAUGAAAGAGAAAAUGAGGUUAGAAUAACAUACAUGACGAGCCGCGCAAUAUUAACGGCUUAUUGACCGAGCAUGAGGUCUGUACUGUGAAACAUCAGACCGAGGUUUUUUAGUAUGGACCGAGCGAUGGAGGAGCGAGGUCCAUGCAAAAAACAGUUGGAUGAUAUUUCACAGUACAGACCGAACAAGCGAGGUCAAUAAUCGGUUUAUUAUAUGGCUGAACUUAGUCUGUGAGCAUAUGCUUUUUGCGCGAAUUAAAUCGGCUAUCGUCAGUUUGACUGGGUAACAAUAUACGGUAGGCAUGCAUGCUCAAUCAAAAACAAUUUUGUUGUUUGAAAAUUUUAUCUGUAAAUUUUAAUGACACACAAUUGAAAAAUUAAAAAGCAAAAAUUUUUUCUGUUUGCAAAGCAAAAAUUUCCCGCCAGCUAAACGACAUGCGGGACACCGGUCCAGAUACGAAAAAUACGGACCACGGUCCGGAUAUGGGUUUUUACGGACCGCUUGUCAACAAAUCAGAAUAGAGAAUUUUGAAAAGCCAUAUAAUAAACGUCUUUAUUAAUAUUGCGAGCAAUCAUAUGCAGUAAUAAUAUAUUACAUGUGGCACUCAGUGUCAAGUUACAUUUUUCCAAGAAGGUCCCGAACGGUAAAACGGGAAUUGGGAUUUGCCUAGUUUGGAAGAAACCCAUAUACCAUUAUUAAGACAGCUGUAUGUAUAGUUGGACAUUUCAGAGUUUAAAUAAUUUCAAAUAAAGCUAAGGCGCAACUUUCGAUUGCGAGGAUGUCUAAAGUGUUCUAGAAGACCACUGCGGCACUUCCAAGGGGGCGGGAUGCAGCCGAAGGGGAGGGGGAGAAAGGGUGUGGCCAUCUCGUCAAUGUUUUCAGAGUGUAGAUCGUUCAAAUUCGAUGCAAAAUUGGAGUGGAAAAUUGUCAUCAGACACGGUAGCUUAUAUCUGGCGGGCAUCUAUAUAAAGUUCUAUGCAUGUGACUCCUACUGAAUUAAAUUGUCAAGUGUUCUGAAAUCAAUAUUUUGCACUUUUAACUUAAAAGGUGAUUUAUUAUUUUAUAUAUCCCCUCACAAUGCAGGAUUCAGAGACCCAAAAUUCAAUCUUAGAAUUGUGACCAAUAAAUUAUUACUAAGCCCCUUCCCUGAUCAUGAUUGCAUUGAUUUAUUUCCUUUUCCGGCUCGAGGUCAUUUUAAACCUUUUACUCUGCGUGAAGUUAUUUACAAAGAGAGAUAUUGAAAGCAGAAUAUUUUAAAAGUCAGCAGUAGCUAGGCGAAAUUAAACACCUGCUGCGUGCUCAGGGAAUUAUAUAUUGCAUUUUCAUUAACUCUCUCGACAAACAAUGAUUUGUCGCACAAAACAACGUUUGGUUCUCAAAAAGCAGUGAACAGGAUUUAAAAUACCACAAUAACACCAUCAAAAUAUUAGAAUACGUGCAAUCUAUUGUUAAAUUAACGAAAAUUAUAUAAAAUUAUCUGUUUAUUUCAGCUUGAUAAGCAACAGUGCGAUCAAGGUUGUAUGACGUCAUUGAAUUGUUGUGUGACGUCAUUCCCAUGUUUACAUGGCGGGAAAUGCAAUGUUGCUAAGCAAUACUCUGAGCAACGUUUUGUGUGCAAGUGUUCAAAUGGUUACCAUGGAUACCGUUGUGAGAAGUCGUGUAGUCCUGGAUUCAAAGGAAUAAACUGUGACGAGCCAAUCUUAUCGUGUCGUGGUUAUAACAAUGGAAGUGCUGUAUCAGGAUACUAUACUAUAUUUGGUGGCAAGAACAACCACACCUAUACAGUAUUUUGUGAUUUUAGUUCAAAUACGACAUGGACACUUGUACAGUCCUAUAGCUUUGAAAACAAAGAUCAAUUUCAGUUGCCGUUUUCCGUAAGUAAUGCUAGCAAUCAGGGAAAUGCUCCAUUUUGGAAAAGUUAUCGUAUUUAUAAAUCGAAAAUGAAUUCUAUAAUGUCAGACAGCACGAAAUGGCGAUUUACUUGCAAUUAUGAUAGUAACGGUACGGUUUACAUAGAUUAUGUGAGAGGUUUAACCACAGAACUUGAUAUGAUACAUUUUAAUUCAGAACGAUGUGUCAAAGUGCAGUAUAUCAACGUACGGGGUUGGGACUGUACUGAUUGUAUGGUUUACAUGAAGCAGGUUCAUGACAUUCCCUUACAUGUCAGAAUCGGAAUUUGUCAGUUUACUAAUGUCGACAACUUGAAAGAGUGUCAUGACAAUGGUGCUGCUUGGAAUGAGACGAGUUUUGGAUAUUAUGGUUUGUUACAACACAGAACAUCGAUGUUCAUCUUCAUUGUCUGCCACAACACAAUUCUGGCUGGGUGGGUGAAACCACACUUCUACCAUCUUGUCUAUAAACCAUAUUACUAUAUUAGAGGGCUUUAA